AUUAUACAAAAUGUGAAUCAUGACAAUAGAUUGUAAGAGAAUGUGUCACUUGUGUUAUCACAUUGCAAGCGUUGCAACCGGUAAUUUUGGAUAAUCAGCAUUUGUAAUGUAACUCUCUUUUAGUUUUGUGUCAUUCGAUCGUCUCCACGAAUCGAGGCAUCUCGUUCCAUUCCAUUCCAUUCCAUUCCGUUCCGUUCAAUCCCGUCGCGUCUGUUUCUCUUGAAACCAUUUCUCUCCUUUCCUCUCAACUCCAUUUCGUUACGCUCUGUUCCACACCACUCUACUCCACUCCUCUCCUCUGCAAGCCGUUCAACUCCCUCUAACAGUUGCAACCAGUGUGACUAUGGUUUCCGACGGUCGGUCGCUCAUCCUUUUGCCUGUCUCGAUCUAACGCGAUGAAAACUAUUCUUCGUCUCUCUUACGCUUUCUUCAUCCCUUCUCCGUCGCGAUAAUAUAGCUCGAUCUCGUUCUGUCGCACACGCGAGACACACCUCCCACUCGUAGCGCGCGACUGGCGUUGUAUUCAGUCGACGUCGAGCCGGCACGCGUGUUGGCUGAAUAUUUUUCUCGCGUGUUCCCGAGGUUGCGCCGUUUACCUUCUUUCACCUCGCCUCGCCUUGCCUUGCCUUGCCUUGCCUCGUCGUGCCGCGUCUCGUCUCGUCUCGCUUUACCUCUCCUCGCCUCUCUUCUUUUUUUUUUCUCGCGUCCAGUUGUGAGUUCCGGAGAGUCUCUUUGUCAACGAGUAAAUGCGAAAGUUGCGUUCAAAACGAGUAACCGCUCUGUUCGCUUUUGUGCCGUGAAACCGCAAUGAGGCGUGCAGCAACGAUGCUGGAUCAUUGGAGUGAGGACGAUCUAACCGCCUCGUGUCGUGUGUGACCGCCAAGUCUUCGUCGUUUCGAACAAGUGGAAAGAAAUGUCGAGUGGAAGGUUUACCAGCGUAAUUGCUUUCGUUCGAUAUCUUUCACUUCUUUCUUCGAGUUACUCGUAUCACUGUAACACGCGACUGAAACAAACACGUUUUAAUUAAUCUUAACUUCGACGUUAAUAUCUGCCAUCAGUUUUUCAUCAUAAAACAUAAUCAACUCGUGUUUCACCAUUAGCUCCGGUCUUCUGAAACAUGGAUUUCGUAAUUUUAAAGGUAAACGGUCAAGACGUUUCAAAUUCGAGCCACGAGGAUGCGGUACGUUGCUUUCAAUCGGCCCAAGAGCCGAUCAUCGUGGAAGUGUUGCGACGUCAGCCGCAACAACAACAACAGCAGCAUCACCACGGUCACCGAAUGCAUUGUGCUCAAGAGGAAAAAGAGUCGGAGAAACGAGAGCACGGAACGAGCAACGCUUGGCCGAAUCUCGUCUCGACCGCGGUGCAGACCGAUUGGGCCGGACUUAUCGAGACCGAGGAAGAGGUCGUGGACGAGCAGCCGAACGAUAGUUUCGAAGAUUUCCUCGCGCACGACAUCGACUUCGAGGAGGUCACGUUGCGGAAGACGGGCAGCGCUGAGAAGCUGGGGCUCACCGUCUGUUACAGUUCCGGUUCGGGCAGCGAAGACGCCGACACCGAGGUUUACAUCUCGGAAAUAGUUCCUGAAAGUUUGGCGGCGCGCGACGGCCGAUUGCGAGAAGGCGAUCAAAUCCUCAGGGUGAACGGGAAAGAUGUGGCGAACAAGGAACAAACGGAAAAUCUUUUCGCCGAAACGAAGAACGCGGUGACCAUUCUGGUGAGCCGAUGCCUGUAUCAGGACGAUGAUUACGAGGAGAGGCGUGCGUAUCGUCGGGUAAGCAGGACGAUGAUAUCCCUUUGUUCCGCUUUUACCAGUAAACAGAUAAACAGAAAUUAUUCGAACAACAAAAGGGUAUCGAGCUCGCAAUAUUACAAGGAUCGCGUGACGGAUACAACGAGCGCGGGUAAUCUGCCCGCCGACACCAUGUACACGAAUAUCGCCAAUCUUCAACAAACGAUGCUNUUGCAGCAACAGUUGUUUAAACAGGCGCUUGAUCGAAGAAACUCGACGAUCGCCGGCUCGAGGGAGAGCAGUAGCGUGACCGCGGUCGCCGCCGUUCCCACUGGCACCGCGAAAAAAUCCAGAUCCCACGGUAACUUUCAAGCGCCCAACUUGACGCGUUACCAAUUUGUCGGCAGCCAACAGGUGUGCACUUCGUCGAACGCGUGGAUACCGCCGGAAGAGAAAGGGAACGAGGUGCAGAUGGAAUGGAAGGUGAAAAGGCGAGCGGAUGGAACCAGAUACAUCGCGAGAAGACCGGUUAGAAAUCGUAUUCUGAGAAACAGGGCGAUCAAGAUAUCCGAGGAGCGGGCCGGUCACAGCACGGAGGACGACACUAUGUCGGAAGUGAAGGUCGGCAGAUAUUGGACCAAAGAGGAACGCAAGAGACAAUUGGAACGCGCUCGAGAACGUAAGCAGAGACAGCAAGAGUUUCAACAGCAGCAACAACAGCAGCAACAGCAGCAGCAACAGCAACAACAACAACAGCAGCAACAACAGCAACAGCAACUUCAAUUGCAGCAAAGCAACGAGUUAUUGACGUCCGAGCAUGGAGAACACGAAAAGCUCGCAAAAAAACCGCUCAAUAUUCUCGAGCUCAGUCACAAAAAAAUGGCUCGGAAGAAAAACACUUUGGACGAUUUUACUACGGUCCAAGAGAUGUUGGUCCACGGAAACAGGGUUGGUGGAACGGGAGGUCCCGGAGGAACCGGAGGCAAAUUGAUGGGUCUUCUUUCGGUAACGACCGUUUGAAUCUGAACCGCUCUCUACUUCUCCUCGUGCUUCCUUUUAUCCACUGUUUCCCCGUCAAUUCUGAUCUCGUUAAUUCUGUUCCUCCUUAACUUUUUUUUCUCUCUUAUCCUUUCGACGAUCUUAUUUCGCUAUGACUCAACGCACGUAACUACGAAUAAUUAGGGAUAUGAUCGCUUUACGAAUUUCUAAUUUUAUUCCUUCCCUUCGGCGAUUUUUCGUUCGUCUCGAUCGUUGAAUAAUAAUAAACGAAUCGCAUCGUAUCGUUGAGUAAACACGAUUGUGUACAUAUUUCUUUCGAUAUAACGAUAUAAAUGUAUGUAGAUUAUUUUACACGAGUUAAAAACUUGUACGGACGAAGAAAAUAGAAUAAAGAACGCUUUUGUA